ACGUGACAGAAGCAUGCUAGCUGGCUGAUGAUUGACCUGUAUAGUUGUAAAUCCAUUUAAGAAAUCUUCACAUCAGCUUACAAGGUCAGAUACAAAGCUUUGGCUGUCCCUGGAGGAUUCAGUUCCUUUACUAAUUCAGCUUAAAGGCGGAAUCACAGUUAAAUACGAUCUUAUAGCGAAACUAAGUUAGCUAAAGUAGCUAGCUGCAGGGUAAAGUGAGAGCUGUCACAGAAAGUUAGCGUUAGCUGGAUAAUGACAAGCUCGAGCUGACCGACAGUGUCCCUAAAGAUAUCUGUGGUUUUUUUAAUACGUUUUCUGUGUGCUGGUUGACUAGAACAGUGUUGUGAACGGGACGCUAUCAGCUGGAUGUUACGUUUGCUGGCUACCGAGAGGACACUGGACAAGGUAUUAUGGCCAAAAAGCUUGAAGAUCUUCCGUUGGUACAGAGUCCCACCUUCAGUGAACAUAAUUUUCAUCACUUUUCUGAGAUGAAUCCAGACAGGAUCUACAUGGAUUACAAUGCUACUACCCCUCCAGAACCAGAGGUGAUUCAGGCCAUUUCUGAAGCCCUCCAGGAUGCCUGGGGAAACCCGAGUAGCAGCUAUAUAGCAGGUGCUAAAGCUAAGGCUAUCAUCAAUCAGUCCAGAGAAAAUGUGGCAAGAAUGGUUGGAGGGAAAGCAGAGGACAUCAUUUUUACCUCUGGCGGAACUGAGGCCAAUAACCUGGUGUUGCACACUGCUGUAGAGCACUUCAGGAAGCACUGCAGGGCUGCAGAACAAGGUGCAGGACACCAGAAUGGAUGCACGGGGCUUCCUCACAUCAUUACUUCUAAUGUGGAGCAUGACUCAGUCAAACUAGUUGCUCAGCACCUUGAAAAGGAAGGAAAAGCAGACGUGACUUUUGUGCCCGUCUCUAAGGUGACAGCCCGGGUAGAGGUGGAGGAUAUCAUUGCUGCUGUGCGCCCCAACACUUGUCUCAUCUCUGUUAUGCUGGCCAACAAUGAGACAGGAGUCAUUAUGCCGCUUCAGGAGAUCUGCCAAAGAAUAAAGUCUCUGAACAAGCAGCGUGAGCGCCUCAGGAUCCUGCUCCACACAGAUGCUGCUCAGGCCUUGGGGAAAAUCCGAGUUGAUGUCAGUGAUCUGGGAGUGGAUUACCUCACCAUAGUGGGACACAAGUUCUAUGCCCCUCGCAUUGGUGCUUUGUAUGUGAACGGCCCUGGGACAAAAACUCCAUUGUAUCCGAUGCUUUUUGGUGGUGGACAGGAGAGGAACUUUAGACCAGGCACAGAAAACACACCGAUGAUUGCCGGUCUUGGAAAGGCUGCAGAGCUGGUGACCUCUAAUCUGUCAGAUUAUGAGAGUCAUAUGCAAAGAAUUAAACUUUACUUGGAAGAACGACUGCAGGCCGUGUUUGCAGGCAGGAUCCGCUUCAACAGCCAUUUCCUCGGCUCUGAUAUCCUCCCUAACACAUGUAACGUGUCCAUCCUGGGCCCAAGAUUACAAGGCUGGAGAGUAUUGUCAAACUGCAGGAGGCUGCUAGCCAGCGUCGGCGCCGCCUGCCACUCAGACAGUGGAAACAGACCUUCCCACAUCCUUCUGAGCUGUGGCGUCCCCUCAGAGGUGGCAGCUAAUGCUAUGAGGCUGAGCGUUGGCAGGGAGACGACUGAGGCAGAUGUGGAUGCAGUUUUGGAGGACCUGAGGGAAACCGUGCAGCUGUUGGAAGAAAUGAACUGAUGGCUUUCAUUUGUACAAAGUUAUUCUGCAGGUCAAAUAAGAAUGCACAGAGCUAAACAUGCGCCAUCUGUGUUUAUCGACACUUUAACCGAUCAUGUAAAAUGCAUGAAAUAUUUCAUAUAAAUAAUAAAAAUGGAGAACUCAAAGUGACCUUAGGGGUGAUGUUAUGGAGGAGUGUACUCGGCUUCCAGCACGUCAUGUGAGGAGCUCUUCAGCUAAUUGGAGUCGGGGCACGUGUAUGAGUGUUAUGAAAUAAAAU